AAACGCAAUGUAAACACUAUCGCUUAAGCCAAAAAGAAAAACAGACUGUCAGUGUAAACAUUAACUGAACCGUGUUGUAAAGCGUGGAGCGCCUGUCGUCACUCUGCGGCCUUCUAUUGAUGACGUAACCGAUGACAGCUGAAGAACUGGAAAGUGAAACCAACUCAAGGUCUCCAACUAUCAAACACUGACAUGGCUCCCACACUGUAUGAUGAGAAACCGGAGCCUGGGGACCUGAUUGAGAUCUUCAGGGGCACCUAUCAGCACUGGGCUGUGUAUGUUGGAGACGGCUUCAUUGUUCACUUGGCACCACCCUCUGAAGUCCCUGGUGCAGGAACCAACAGCAUGAUGUCUGUCCUAACUGAGAAGGCCAUAGUGAAGAAAGAGGAGCUGUGGGACGUUGUGGGUACCAACAAGUGGGAAAUCAACAACGGCCUCGACAAGAAAUAUGAGCCCCGCCCGGCUCGCGUCAUUUUGAGGGAGGCGAACGCGCUGGUGGGCACGGAGCUGCCGUACUGCGUCUUCAGGGGGAACUGUGAGCACUUUGCAAACGAGCUGCGCUACGGAAAAGCAGAAUCCCGGCAGGUGUGUAAGGCAGGAGAAGCAGUCAUGGUUGCAGGUGUGGCGACGGUGGUGGGUCUGGGUAUUGUGGCUCUGGCAGGAGCUCUGUUUGGAGGAAGCAAAAAAGAAAACAAGAACACGCAGUGAUUGAAGUCCAGAACCGCCUCUUCAGGGGCUUGAUUAACAGAUCACCAGCAAAGCCUAAUAACUAUUUAUCAUGAUCACUCGCAGAAAACGCAGCGUAAUUUAUGUGCAAACAUGUGAUUUAGUGAGAAACUUGCUCCAUCGGUUCCUCAUGCUGUCUUUGAGUUUAAUAGCACUGGCAGGCUGGUUGGUUUGGCCCUCUAUUUCUACACACAGCAAAUAUAAGCACAACAUUAUUUCCGAUAGAAAAAGCUGCCAAGAUAAUAUAUAUAUUUACAUGUUUUAAUAUUUUUGAAGACAAAAUUGAGGUGGUUUUUCUACUCUUGAGAACAAAAGUGGUUUGCUGGAAGAUGAUUCUAAAUAAAUACGUUGAAUGAAAUGCUUGAUUCAAAUAUAAACAUCUGUGAAGUACAAAAUGUGGUUCUCAUGUGCAAAUGCUUAAUUUAACCAGGUUGCUUUCCAUAAGAAAUAUAAGCUGCUGAGUUGAUUUUGUGGUUAUUGCACAGAAAAGCCAUUUAAUGUCACGUAAACUACAACCUACUCUAUAAUGUUGGAUUGCCUUCAUGACCUGAGGGGACGUGAAAAAGGACGUGGAUUGAACUAAUUUAACACCUCUACACUUUUAUCAUGAUGUGUCACUUUUUAAUGAUUUUACAAUCUAGCCAGAGUUUUCUAAUGUUUUGUCUUCCUCUGUCAUUUAAAUGUUUGUAAUUGUUUUGAAUAAAGAAUAAUUUGUGUGAUACUAAAUGAGA